AUGAAUAAUGAAGAACGAAGGCUCGAGCUCGAGCGAAAGAAGCAAAAGCUGGCCGAAAUGAGGGAGUCGAAAAGACGGCUAGAUGAGGAAAGGCGAAGGUCGAUGCUGCCACAAAAUCUUCAACAAAAUGGGAAUGGAUCAUCCGGUGAAAGGCCAACCCUAUCAAGUCUGGAAUUAGCAGAGAUAUUGGCUGAUGUCGGAAUUCCCGGUGAGCCCGACUCGUCAAACAAAAAUGCUACCACGGAGCCAAAGCUACAGGAGAAUGGUGUUCCACAAAGCCAUCUCUCACAAACCGUCACUUCAUCGAUGUCUCGUGUUGUCAAUUUGGAGCUCACCGAGCCGAAGAGCAUCAUCGUGCCACAAAAAGACACGACAAUCUAUUGCAAGACAACUCAAACGGAUGACGAAAGAGUAUCGGCUGGCGAGUUUUUAAUGGGAAGUCAAGAGUUUGCUUGGGAAGGAGAAGAGGAUAUGGACCAUUCACGCAAGCCAUACAUAGAUGACAUGUCUCUAACUGAUGAAAUCGAGCCGGGAUUCAAGUUCAAACGUGGAACAUCACAUGAGGCUGAGAAGAAAGAAGUUGAAGAAGAGAAGCCAAAGCUUCCCGAUUACUCUGAACAGGAAAAGCAACAGGUUAUGAAGACCAUUGGGUUCUUGGAAUUCUUUGAUCAAGGCUCAAGAAUGUUGGAACGAGCUUUGUCGGAGAAGAGAGAUUUCGAUCAAAAUCUUGUGAAUGACCACUCUAUGCACUACCAAACAAAAGAGGAGAAAUUAGAGUUUUCCCGUAGUUUUCAAGAUACGAAAUGGACCAAUGGGCGUGAAGUAUUAGCUAUUACAUUUUCCGAGAGAAAUCCGGAGCUUUUUGCUGUUGGAUAUGGCGUCAAUGCGGAUAAGCCAGGCGAUCCAACAGGAGUUGUAGCAGUUUUCAAUACAAAAUUCAAGAAGGAAUCAUCAGACUACCUAUUCCAUACACCUACUCGGAUCACAUCUGUCGCGUUUGCUCAUUUUCACGCCAAUUUCAUUCUUGCUGGCUGCUACACCGGCCAAAUAUGCAUGUGGGACAACCGUGUAGUGAAUAAACGGACCCCAAUCAAUCGAUCCCAGCUAUCGCCCAACGCGCAUACACAACCAAUUUUUGCUCUUCAGGUUGUGGGCAGCCACAAUGCACAUAAUUUGGUUUCUAUUUCAAGCGAUGGGAAAAUGUGCAGUUGGAAUGUGGAUAAUCUGGCUCAACCCGUUGAAAUCAAAGACUUGCUGUUGAAGAACGGAAGCAAGACGAUUUCCGUAGUUUCAAUGUCAUUUCCCCAAAAUGAAUUCAACACAUUUGUUGUUGGAGCCGAAGAUGGCCAGAUCUACCUUGUGAGUCGUCAUGGAACAACGACAAAUCAAGCUAUUGAGCAACAAGUGUUUGAAGGUCAUUCUGCUCCAAUCUCUUCUGUCGCUUUCCAUCGAACUCCUGGUAAUGGACAGUACGACUUUUCGCAUUUGUUCCUCUCCGCUUCUUGUGAUUGGAGCAUCAAAUUAUGGAGCAUCAAGGAUCCACUGCUGCGCUAUUCUUUUGAAACACAUUCGGAAUAUGUUUAUGAUGCUCAGUGGUCACCCACACACCCUGCUGUUUUUGCUACUGUUGAUGCUGAUGGAACUUUAUGUUUGUGGAAUCUUAAUGAGGACAUUGAAGAACCCAUUACACGACUCUCGCUUGAGAACGAAGGAAAUGCAUCACAAGGAAGGAAAUUGGCGUUUUCACCAAAUGGACAAUACAUUGUAACGGGUGAUGGUGUCGGAAAUGUGCACAUGUUUGAGCUCCAUGAAAGCUUCUACAACAACGUUAAAAGCGAUGAAUGGAACAAACUUGCGAAUGUCCUUGCCGACAUGAAAGCCAGCCGCGAAGAAGCCGAAGAGUUGAACGAAGCGAUGAAACUAGAGAAUGGUUCACAAGCUUCAAGCGGAUUGUUGAAGUGUCCUCGAAGAAAACUUUGCACAAGAGCUUCGCCUCUCAUCUUUUUGCAAAAGAAUUUCCAAGAAAGACAGGAAAUUCUUCUAACAGGAAAACGAACGAACACUUCUACUCGGGGAAAACAAACCUACGGAAUGGGCACCUCACCCACGGGCCCAUUCCACGAGAUGGGCUCGGGGGACCCGCCAACAAAAAAUGAAGAAUUUGAUGAAGCAGUUGGAGGAGGAGCACAUCAUGCGGUUCUGCAUUCAGGCGAAGAGGUUCUGAACAUCUAUGGCUAUAAAACGACACCUCUUCAAACGUUCCUCUUCUAUUUUUUAUCAAUUUGUUCUUUGGGAAUCUUUCGACUAAUCUUGCACUGGAAUCAAAAAUGGUACAUCUAUGUUCGAGCUAUUCGAUGCUCUUUCAACGAGGCACAGUUUAUUUUUGUUAUAGAUGAGCAUAAUGUGAUUGCAUUUCGACCGGUAAAAGCGGUGACUCAAUUCGGCGGAGAAUUGAUGUUGGUUUUGCCUGAUGGACAUGGUCAUUAUCGGGAAGUUUCACAUCUGCGUUACUUUGUCUUCCGUAAAAUGUCCUUCGUUUGGCUCGAGGGCAGCGAAAAGUUUGCUCCAAUCUCAGAACUCGACGAAAAUGUUUCACUCAGCACCUUCCACGAUGCUUUGAUUUCCGGGAAAGGAUUGGAUAGACACGAAGUUGCUCAACGAAUUGCUCUUUAUGGCCAAAAUCUAAUCGAAGUGAAACUGAAACCAAUACUGGUUCUGUUGUUCAAAGAAGCCAUAUCACCAUUCUACAUUUUUCAAGUUUUCAGUGUCACGAUUUGGUUCAGCGACAACUAUCAAUAUUAUGCAUCAAUCAUUGUCGUUAUGUCACUAACCUCAAUUGCAAUGGAUGUAUAUCAGACUCGAUCACAAGAAAAGAAGCUACGUUCCAUGGUUCAUUCGAGCGAUGAAGUUGAUGUUUUGAGAAAUGAUGGGAAUGUGAUGAGGAUCGAUAGUUCGCAAUUGGUCCCUGGGGAUAUUUUGUUGAUUCCACAACAUGGAGGAGUGAUGCAAUGCGAUGCCGUUUUGAUGACAGGAACUGUUAUUGUCAAUGAGAGCAUGCUAACAGGCGAAAGCGUUCCAAUAACAAAAGUGGCUCUGGCCGGGAGUGAUGAUCACAAAUCGACAAAAGAAACCCUUUUCGACAUUGAAAAACAUUCAAAGCACGUGCUAUUCUGUGGAACGCAGGUUUUACAAACGAGAUAUUAUGGUGGGCAACACGUGCGAGCGAUCGUUUUGAGAACGGCCUAUUCGACGUUAAAAGGGCAACUUGUUCGAUCAAUCAUGUAUCCAAAGCCGGUCGAUUUUCGAUUCACCAAAGAUCUUUUUAAGUUUGUUGGUUUCUUGGUGAGUGUGGCGCUUUGUGGCUUCUCGUACACGGUGUUCAUCAUGGUCCGAAGGGGCGAACCUUUCUUCAAAAUCAUCAUUCGAUCACUCGAUAUCAUCACAAUUGUUGUACCACCAGCUCUGCCAGCUGCAAUGUCGGUGGGAAUCAUCAAUGCUCAAUUGCGGUUGAAGAAAAAAGACAUUUAUUGUAUUUCUCCAUCAACAAUCAAUACAUGUGGUGCAAUUAAUGUGGUUUGCUUUGACAAAACGGGCACUCUCACAGAGGAUGGACUUGAUUUUCACACAAUGCGACCCGUUCAUCCUUCUUCCCAAACCCGAGCCGAUUGUUCAUUCGGUGAUGAAACGUCAAGUAUGGAGCCUGACGAGAUGCCCAAUGAAGCCGAAAUUAUCAAAGCUAUAGCCACAUGUCAUUCACUUACAAGGAUCAACGGAAUGCUACACGGUGACCCAUUGGAUCUGAUUCUUUUCAACCAAACAAGAUGGUCAAUUGAUGAGAGUUGUGGCUCGGAGAGAUCAGACGACGAGAUUUCCCGUUUCGAUACUGUGCAACCGACUGUGGUAAAACCACCACCAGAACAUGCCCAUUUUUUCAAGAGCACCGAAUUUGGAAUCAUUCGACAAUUUACUUUCAGCUCUUCUUUGCAACGAAUGUCUGUGAUCAUCAAUAAUCCACACGAGGAAACCGGAAAAAGAAUGGUUCUCUACUCAAAAGGGUCGCCUGAAAUGAUUCUUUCGUUGUGCGACAAGUCGACAAUUCCAAGCGAUUAUUUGGACGUGGUCAAUCAAUAUGCUCAACACGGAUAUCGUCUCAUAUCGGUUGCCAAACGAGAACUCAACCUCAGCUUUGCGAAAGCUCAAAAGAUUCCUCGUCAAACAGUUGAAAUAAACCUUGAACUAUUGGGAUUGGUGGUGAUGGAGAAUCGAGUAAAGCCUGUGACACUUGGGGUGAUCAACCAACUUAAUCGUGCUCAUAUCCGAACGGUGAUGGUUACUGGAGAUAAUCUACUCACAGCGAUGAGUGUGGCCCGCGAAUGUGGCAUCAUAAGGCCGAAUAGAAAAGCGUAUCUCCUUGAACAUACGGUUGGUCAUAUGACUCUCGAUGGUCGAACACAGCUAACUGUUAAACAGAGUGUCUCUUCAUCGGAAGAUAUAUUGGACGAUCAAUUGUCGACAAUUUCUUCGAUGCAAGAGCUUGCGCAUGUUAUUGAGAGCAGCUAUCAAUUAAGCAUUGCCGGUCCAACCUUCUCGGUGAUUGUGCACGAAUAUCCUGAAAUGCUUGACAAUUUGAUGAGCGUCUGCGAUGUGUUUGCUCGAAUGGCUCCAGAUCAGAAACAAAUGCUUGUUAAUCAUCUUCAAUCUCUCGAUUAUACGGUUGCGAUGUGUGGUGAUGGAGCUAACGAUUGUGCUGCUUUAAAAGCUGCGCAUGCGGGAAUUUCUUUAUCUGACACGGAAGCUUCUAUUGCGGCGCCAUUCACCUCAAAGGUUGCUGAUAUUCGCUGUGUUCCCACGGUGAUUCGAGAAGGUAGAGCAGCUCUCGUUACAUCAUUUGGCGUCUUCAAAUAUAUGGCUGGGUAUUCACUGCUACAAUUUACAACAAUCCUUCAUCUUUAUUGGUUGGCAACGAAUUUGACGGAUUUCCAGUUUCUCUACAUUGACAUGUUUCUUAUUACUUUCGUGGCAGUGUUCUUUGGAAACACGGCAGCUUAUACAUCUUCUUUUUCCUCAAUUCCUCCACCGACACGUCUUUUAUCGCUCGGAUCUGUGGUUUCUGUUCUUGGGCAGUUGUUUAUUAUGGGUGCAUUUCAGUUGUAUACUUUCUGGUGGACUUCGACUCAACCUUGGUUUCAUCCCUAUUCGGCGCCCAAAGGUGGUGAUCCGGAAAAUAAACGAAGCAUGCAGGGUACGGCACUAUUUGGAGUUUCUGUUUUCCAAUACAUCACUUUGGCGAUAAUCUAUAGCAAAGGUCCACCAUAUCGAAAGACGAUUUUGAGCAAUCAACCACUCUGUAUAUCGUUGAUUAUUGUACUACUGGUAUCCCUAAUGGUUGUGAUUUAUCCGCCGGAUUUUGUGAUACGUUUCCUUGAGUAUGACCCCAUUCCCUAUGUCGAGAGUCGCUUCUUUUUGGUUGUUUUGGGCUUUUUGUGUGCAUCGCUUUCGUAUCUUUUCAAUCGCUUUGUCGUCGAGUAUCUCAUCUAUAACAAGAGAGCAAAAAUGAUCAAACGGAGAAAGCUUCGUGAUCCAUCGGCAAAAUCGGUGAAAUGGGAAAGGAUUCUGGCAAGCAUUGGCUAUGAUAUCACUUGGCUAAAGAAAAUGGCAAAAGUUGUGCAAAUUCGCGACAACAAUAUGCCGAAGAACAACUCGUUUGCGGUGAAUGAUGAAACGAAAGGCCUU